AUGAAGAACGAACUGGACCGUUUCCAGGAUACCAAGAGGCUUUUGCAUGACUACUAUAGAGGGAUGGAAGGCAAAAUUCCAACGGAGACCAGCAAUGAGUUUGCCAGAAUACCUUUGAUAGAUCUAACUGAUAAAGAACAACCCAUGGAAGAGGCCAAGACUAGAAUAAUUCCUCUGAGUGUUCACAGAGCUGCUUCUCCAGAACCAAAGGACAAGAUGAAAGCAAUUCCAGUCAAGAUCAAGGAUGAUGUGUUUUCUGAAAGCAUAAUCUUUAAUUUUGCCCCAGAAGAAAAACAGAUUACUGAGAUGUGGCACAAUAUUGUAGCCACAAUAUCCAACAUGGUUACAGCUGAAAUACAAGCAAAAGAGGCGGAGGAAGAAAAAGAACGGCUUCAGCAAGAAAUGAAAGAAAAAGAGCGCCAAAAAUCUUCCCAAGCAGAAAAGAAGGGGAAAGAAGGGAAAGGGAAAAAAGGGAAAGGAGGAAAGGAAGCCAAAGGUGGAAAGGAUGCUAAAGGAGGGAAAGAUGCGAAAGGAGGGAAAGAUGCCAAAGGAAAGGAAGGCAAAGAUGCCAAAGGCAAGAAAGGAAAAAAGAAAGCCUCUCAUUCUCCACCAGAGCCAACGCCAACACCAAUUCCUUUAUCCCCGGAGGAACUGAAGAAGCUAGAACUGAGGCUUAAAAUGAAGCAGGAAUAUUUUGCUGCGCUGGAGCAUGAAGCGGAGGCUGCAAAAUCUCGGCUUGAGCUGUUGAAAGCCAAAGCACUCGCCUUCACUGAAGAUCUGCAAACGAAAGCAGAAGUAACAUACAGGAAUAUGGAAAAAUGGCUUGGGGAGAGAUUCUUGGCUGAAAUGGCAAGUGUCGACAAAUUAACCGAGGUUGCCCGCCACCACAUCGAAACCUCUACUAAGAUCCAGUAUGAAUUAGUUCUGGAAGGGGUAGAGUUUUACAUUAACGGUGAUGUCAAAGUCUUUCCAGAUCCUCUUCCUCCACCUCGCCCUCCAUCGGUGGAAAUGCCUACAAAUGGUACUUUAACUAUUUCGCAGCUUAGCACGCUUCAUAAGCAGUUUCUGCAGGUGGCACCUAAAGCCAUAGCAGCACUGAAACAAUUUAAAAGCAAGAAUAUAACUCCAGGCAUCCAAAAACAAGCAGGAAAGAAUCACCAGUUUCAACAAAUAUGGCUGUCAAAGUACCCUUGGCUAAAACAUGACAGUGAGAGGGGCACCAUGUACUGUGCUUUGUGUCGGAAACAUAACGUGGAUUUAGGGGAGAAAACACACAAUUUUUGUUCUGGGACUGAUGACUUUGUACUUGAAUUAGUCAACGACCACCACAACAGUGAAGCUCAUGCAUGGGCUACCUGUAUGGAAGCAGCCAGUGGCUCUGUCCCAGACACAGCUACCACUGAGCAGAUGUUAAAGAGCAUGAGCAAAACAACCUUAGGAAGAAUAGAAAACCUUUUCAGAACAUGCCACGCCAUUGCCAAAACUGGACGCCCCAUCACAGACCUGGACUGGAUGUGUAAACUGGAUGAUAUGAAAGGAGUGGAUAUUGGUUCCAUCUUUAGAAAUGACAAGGCAGCAAGGAUCUUUAUUCAUUUCAUUGCUGAAGUGGAACGAAGAGCCUUGAAAGAGAAAUUAGAAAAAUGCAAGUUCUUCUCACUCAUUAGUGAUGGCGUUACAGACAGCACAAUAAGAGAAGCUGCCCUGGUGUACGUACGUUUUGCACUCCAAGGGAAGAUCCACUGCCAGAUUGUUGGAGUUCAGUCAGUAGACAAACGUGAUGCAACUGCUGUGAAGAAUGCCAUUGUGCAAACAUUACAGACCAGUUUGCAGCUCAAUUUGCCAAGCCAAGACUGGGCAAGAAAACUUGUUGGCUUCGGAAGUGGUGGUGGAGACAUUAUGGUUGGACAAAGCAAUGGGGUAGCUAAACUGUUAAAAGAAAUCCAGCCAUGUGUUCAGAGUGUGCAUUGCCUCGUGCAUCACCUUGAAAUAGCUUACAAGGCAGCACUGAAGAGCACCCAACUAUACACCAUUCUAACAGAGCUCUUGCAAAACAUGUACUACUAUUAUAACUCUCCACUGAACAAGAACAACCUCAAGUUGGUCUAUGAAGAUCUCAACCUGAGAACAUCCAUUCCUUCUCGAAUUGGUGGCUCCCGAUGGCUUCUUCGCCUACAGACAGCUCUUCAGAUCCUUCUGAAAGGAUACCCAGCAUUUGUCCUACACAUGAGUAAGGUAGAAGAAGAACCAUGUUCCUCAAAUCACCAGAAAGCCAAAGACCUCUUAAAGCUUCUUCUGAAAACAGACAUUGUCAAGUUUUCUCACUUUUUGCUUGAUGUCAUUAACGUUCUCAACAUCCUCUCCCGCGUUGUCCAGGAUCAGAACUCUUCCAUUGCAGAUGUGUUUGCAACAAGCCAGUCAACAUUGGAAACACUCCAAAUGUAUCGAGCAAGAUCAGGGCCAAGGGAGCGUCUGGUGGAGGCCAUCACACAUUUUCAUGGUCACCAGCUUAUAGGAGAUGGUGACAUAUCAGCCAUCCGGAUAGAAUUAAUAAGCAAUCUUUUGAAGCAGCUGUGCGAUUGCUUCUGUGAUGCUAGCGAAGAUGUUUUGAGAGCAAGCGCUAUUGGAAGUUUUAAGCUGUGGCCAGACAAAAUCGAACCAGAAUUUGGUGAAGUGGAAGUGUCUGUCUUGACGAAGUAUUAUGAGCCGGUCCUGGAAUGUGCCAGCGUGAAGGUUUAUGAAGUGGAGACCGAAUGGAACAUGUUAAAAGCAGAGCUGUAUAAUAGAUAUCAGAGCAUCCGGAGAUUGACAUGGGAAGCAGUGAACACAGAUUAUUCUCAUAAAUAUCCAAACAUCUUGACGCUGGUAGAUCUUGUCUUGACGCUACCUGCCAGUUCUGAGGAGGCGGCACGAGGCUUCUGUCAGAUGAAACUUACAAUGAUGAGGCUACGUUCAAAGCUGGUGUUUGAAAGCAUGACCGAUCGCAUGGUCAUUCUGAUGAAUUCUCCAGAUAUCAAGAAGUUUGACCCCCAAAAGGCUAUCCAGUUGUGGAAUAUUUCCUCACAAAGGAAUAGGAGACUACAGGCUGAGCAGGGCGUGGUCAACCCUGAGACACCAGAUUGUUCAUCUGACUCUGAAUGGGAAAGGGAAAGGGAAAGCUCAUUUGGGAGCUAUUAGAUGUGAAACACUCUCUCCAGCUGUCUCCUCAAAUAUUUUUAAUAAUGUCUGUUGACUUUUCCUUUCCUUUCCUUUUCUUUUUUUGGUAACUAUUUACUGGACAAUUUCUAUUUAUUUAUUUAUUUAUUCAUUCAUUCAUUCGUUCAACCAAAAUUUAUAUACUUCUUGAUUAUAAUGGAACAUCUAAAAGCACAUAUAAUGUGUCAUGAAACUAACACAUGCAUUUAGAUGGGAAGGGAGAGAAAUAAGAAGUAUAUCUUUUGGAAAA